CUGUGCUUUAAAACAUCUGUUGGGGGAAAUGAACGAGUAUAAUUACGAAGCCGGAGGUUCCGGGGGAAGGAGGAAGGAUUCGCAAAGCGGCCCGUCGGCUCGCUCUUUACCCCCCUCGCGUGGGUUUUCCUCCCCUGCCCCCCCCCCCAGGUUGCUGGAGCCUCCAACCAACACCGAAAUAGCCAACUACCCCAUUUACAAGAUCCUGUUCUGCGUGCGAGGUCACGACGGGACUCCCGAGAGCGACUGCUUCGCUUUCACAGAAAGCCAUUACAACUCUGAGCUCUUCAGAAUUCACGUCUUCCGAUGCGAGAUCCAGGAAGCGGUGAGCCGGAUCCUGUACAGUUUUGCAACCGCUUUCCGCCGUUCUGCCAAGCAAGUCCCUCUUGCAGCCCCGGUUACUCCCGAGAUGCCGGACAGCGACAUUUUCACCUUUUCGGUCUCGCUGGAAAUCAAGGAGGACGAUGGGAAAGGCUGCUUCAGUGCCGUUCCGAAGGACAAAGACAGGCAGUGCUUCAAGUUACGGCAAGGAAUCGACAAGAAGAUUGUCCUCUACGUGCAACAGACCACGAACAAAGAGCUGGCCAUUGAGAGAUGUUUCGGCCUCCUCCUCAGUCCCGGCAAAGACGUGCAGAGCGGAGACAUGCAUUUGCUGGAUUUGGAGUCCAUGGGGAAAAGCUCGGAUGGGAAAUCGUACAUCAUCACCGGGAGUUGGAACACCAAGUCUCCGCACUUCCAAAUUGUGAACGAGGAGACGCCCAAAGACAAGGUGCUCUUCCUGACCACAGCGGUGGACCUGGUGAUUACGGAAGUGCAGGAGCCCGUCCGCUUCCUCCUGGAGUCCAAAAUCCGCGUCUGUCCCCCGAACGAGCGGCUCUACUGGCCUUUCAGCAAGAGAAGCUCCACGGAAAACUUCUUCCUCAAACUGAAGCAGAUCAAGCAAAAGGACCGCAAGGCCAGCACCGACACCCUCUACGAAGUGGUCUGCCUGGAGAGCGAGUCGCAGAAGGAAAGGAGGAAAACCACAGCCAGUCCCGCCCUCCGGCUCCCCCAGUCCGGCUCCCAAGGCUCCAUCAUCCCCUCCCCGCCCGAGGAUGACGAGGAGGAAGAUAAUGACGAGCCUCUGCUCAGUGGCUCAGGGGACGUCUCCAAAGAGUGUGCGGAGAAGAUCCUGGAGACGUGGGGAGACCUACUUUCCAAGUGGCACUUGAACCUGAGCGUGCGACCCAAAGCCUUGUCUGCCUUGGUGAGGAGCGGCGUCCCCGAAGCUCUCCGUGGAGAAGUGUGGCAGCUUUUGGCAGGUUGUCACAACAACGACUUUCUGGUGGAGAAGUACCGGAUUCUCAUCACAAAGGAGUCUCCCCAGGACAGCGCCAUCACCCGGGACAUCAACCGGACCUUCCCUGCCCACGACUACUUCAAGGACACGGGAGGAGACGGUCAGGACUCACUGUAUAAAAUAUGCAAGGCCUAUUCGGUCUACGACGAAGAAAUCGGCUACUGCCAGGGACAAUCGUUCCUGGCCGCGGUGCUGCUCCUACACAUGCCUGAAGAACAGGCCUUCAGUGUUCUGGUCAAAAUCAUGUUCGACUACGGACUCAGGGAGCUUUUCAAACAGAAUUUUGAGGACCUGCACUGCAAGUUUUAUCAGCUGGAACGCCUCAUGCAGGAGUACAUCCCCGACCUGUACACCCACUUCCUGGAGAUCAGCUUAGAAGCCCACAUGUAUGCCUCCCAGUGGUUCCUCACCCUCUUCACCGCAAAGUUCCCCCUCUACAUGGUCUUCCACAUCAUCGACCUGCUGCUGUGUGAGGGCAUCAGUGUUAUUUUUAACGUUGCCCUUGGAUUGUUAAAAACCACCAGGGACGACUUGCUGCUGACGGACUUUGAGGGGGCUUUGAAGUUUUUCCGCGUGCAGCUGCCCAAGAGGUAUCGGUCGGAGGAGAACGCCAAGAAACUGAUGGAGCUGGCAUGUAGCAUGAAGAUUAGCCAAAAGAAGUUGAAGAAAUACGAGCGGGAAUAUCACACGAUGCGGGAACAGCAAGCCCAACAGGAGGACCCCAUUGAAAGGUUUGAGAGAGAAAACCGGCGCUUGCAGGAAGCCAACAUGAGGCUGGAGCAGGAGAACGACGACCUGGCCCACGAGUUGGUGACCAGCAAGAUCGCCCUGCGGAAGGACCUGGACAACGCGGAGGAAAAAGCCGACGCCUUGAACAAGGAGCUGCUGAUGACCAAGCAGAAGUUGAUAGACGCCGAGGAUGAGAAGAGAAGGCUGGAGGAGGAAUCGGCUCAGGUUGGCGCAGGAUCGGGCCGGAAGGGAGCUGGGGAGCUGAAGGAGAUGUGUCGGAGAGAACUGGACAAGGCCGAGUUGGAGAUCAAGAAAAACAGCUCCAUCAUUGGCGACUACAAGCAGAUCUGCUCCCAGUUGAGUGAGAGGCUGGAGAAGCAGCAGGUAGCCAACAAAGCUGAAAUUGAGAAAAUCCGGCAAAAAAUCGACAACUGUGAACAUUGUCGGGAGUUUUUCAACAAAGAAGGGCGGCUGAAGGUGGUCAGCAUCCCCAGGGAGGGCUCCGACGAAGACACCGACGAGGAGAAGGAGGGGCUGAAGAACCAGUUACGAGAAAUGGAGUUGGAGCUGGCCCAGACCAAGUUGCAACUGGUGGAGGCCGAAUGCAAAAUCCAGGACCUGGAACACGACCUGGGACAGGCGCUAAACGAGGUGCAGGCCUCGCGCAAAACCUGGUUCAACCGAACGCUCAGCUCUAUAAAGACAGUGACCGGCGUCCAGGGGAAAGAGACGUGCUGAAGAGCUGGGCAGCAACUUCGGGGCAGCUCCCGGGGCCUCUCCUGGGAUACCUCCCGCCUUCCAGACCUUGUCUUGACCAGCUGCCCGCAGGAGAGAGGACCAGAUGUACAUAGGACUCCCGAAACACACACCGCGAGGCGGCUGGUUCUCCUCUCCCCCCCCCCUCACAGGCCGGAGACCCAAGCCAGAGACGCCGCUUGGCGCGAGACGCGGGAUCUUCAUACUACUGAUUAUUUAACCGGGGAGGGGGCUGGGGGGGGGAUGUAGCUAUAGACCGAUGCUUUUUUUUUUCCCCUUUCUUUUCCCAGAGAACAAUAAUCCGCUCCAUUCUGCAGUCCGUUGGGAGGCACUAGGUACGAAAAAAGAAAUAUAUUGCCACCCUCUUCCUGACUUAACCGAAUUUACAAACGAGCGCUUUUCUGGUUUUUUUUUUUUACAGUGACAACUUUAAAAAAAAAAAAAGAUUUAAUUUGAGAGGAACAAAAGGACAAAACAAAAAAAAAACCACGACACAGACACCGCCGGACGCUCUUUUAACGAACAGUUCGAGCGCGCGAGCGAAAGG